AUGAUCCUAGGGAAACACAAGGUUGAGAACAAUGUCAACUCUAUAUUCUCGCCGUUGACCUUCCACGUUGUACUGGGCAUGAUGGCAGCCGAGUCCAAUAACCCGAUGCGAGACGGAAUCCUCUCUUACCUCAAGUCUAACUCCAUUGAUGAACUCAAUUACGUUUGUUCUUUGUUUGUCAAUUUUAUACUGCUCGACGACAGCCUCACGGGCGGCCCUAUCUUGUCAACUGCUAAUGGGAUUUGGAGCAAUUCGCCUCCGCAUCCUGAUUACCCUAACAUUUUGCAAAGUGUUUAUAAAGCUCAAUUUCAUCUAGCCGAUUUUGUAAACUCGGUCGACAAGGUGACUCGAGAAGUGAACGAAUGGGUUGGAAACGAAACAAAAGGACUUGUAAAUAACAUUCUUCCACAUGACAUUGUUGAUAAAUACACAAGGUUGAUUCUCGCAAACGCUCUCUAUUUCAACGGAGUAUGGGAAUCCAAGUUCAACACGUCGUUGACAAAAGAGCGCGACUUUUACCUUUUAAAUGGCGAGAAAAUCAAAGCUGAGUUCAUGACCAGCAAGAAUGAUCAACGUGUAAGUGAAUAUGACGGUUUCAAAGCGAUGUGCUUUGAAUACAGACACGGAAACGAUAGGAAUAGACACUUCUCCAUGUACAUAUAUCUCCCCAAUGCCGUAGAUGGGUUGUCGGGUUUGGUGGACAAAAUUAGUUCGGAUCAUGAAUUCUUAGAGCGUCACAAGACGGCCUAUUUGCCUGUCCAAGUUGACCGUUUUCUGAUUCCAAAGUUCAACAUAUCCUUUGGAUUUGAGGCCACAGAGAUUCUAAAGAAUACGGGCUUGAUUUUCCCUCCUCCCGAGCCCCGAGUUUUCCACAAGGAACAGAAGCUACUGUAUACUGACGAUACACCUCCUCCUAGGCCAAAGAAGAUAGUAGACUUCGUUGCUGAUCAUCCAUUCGUUUUCUUCAUCAAAGAAGAAAAGAGUGGGGUGGUUCUAUUCAUGGGCAGCGUACUUAAUCCUAUUGUUUGA